AUGCCGUCUCCCGCAGGCGUGAGCAAGUCGGGCCACAUACACCUCGGCGUCUUCGCCACCGCCGCGGCCGUGGCGUACGCGCGGGAGGCGGCGAGGCCGCGCGAGCCCAAGUUCGAGCCGAGGCCGCGAAGCGACGCGACGCGCGAGAAGCAAAACGGCCAGAAGAAGCGGAAGCGGCAAGAGCGGCAAGAGGCGCGGCGGGACGCGCGCGGGGCGCCAAAGCCGCCGCAGACCUCGUACUUCCUCUUCUUCCACGCGACCAAGUCCGCGGAGCUGGCCAAGAUUGUCGGGGAGCGGUGGCGGGCGCUGAGCGACGAGGAGAAGGCGCC